AUGUGUUCACUUUUGGAUAAUGACUUUGUUUACGGUUUGGGUAGUAAUGUCAGGGGGUGUCUGGGUUUGGGUCACGAGAAUGUCGUCAAAUAUCCCGAAAUUAUUGCCAAAUUAUUUGAGCAAAAAAUACAAACAUUUAUCACUGGAUACGACUUUGUGUUGGCUAUGAAUGAAAACAACCAUGUGUUCAGUUGGGGACACAAUCAUAGGGGACAGUGCGGUAGAGAUGUGACACAAAGUGGUGUUUAUUUAACACCGGAAAACAUAUCGCAUUUGAAUGACAAGAAUAUUACAUAUAUCUGUUGCGGUCGCUACCACUCGCUAGCACUCACCACCGGUGGACAGGUAUACGGGUGGGGCUGUAAUUCGGAGGGACAGGUAGGUUGCGGUGAUGAUGACAAAAAUCACGCCAUCUGUUCGCCAGUGUUGAUCAGAUUUGAUAAUAACUAUAAAAUCAAAAGUAUUUUCUGCUCGGACUUUACAUCAUAUGCCAUUACCAUCGAUGGCCUGGUAUUCAGUUGGGGCGACACUUUCUGGCAUCAAAUGGGACCCAACGUAUCGCUAUCACCAGAUAAAUCCUUUGAGACACUCAUGAAAGCGUUAGGGCUAUCAACGCAAGGUAUGGGCGCUUUUGGACAAACAAAACCUGUGCCCAAAUCUGAUGAUACAUUCCAAGAGAACCAAGAAUUGCGUGACAAAGGCUAUGAAACGCUUAUGACGGGACUGUCGGGUAUCGCGUCGAGAGGUUUCGAUGAAUCGAGUGGCGCCAACAUUGACCGCCUUAUAGAGGGUAUGUCGGCUAUGCGCGCCGGAGGAAAAUAUCCGCUGGAAAGUCAUUUCAAAAGUCUGUUCACCGAGUUGUCGGCCAUCGGUUCGGGAGGUUUUGGGACUGUGUUUAAAGUGAAGCAUAGAUUAGAUGAACAGAUAUAUGCCGUCAAAAGAGUCCAAAUUAAGAAAUCUACCGAUCAGUAUAUGAAACAAAUUCUGAAUGAAGUGAAGAAUUUAAGAAAACUUCGCUCGGAAUAUGUGGUCCAGUAUUACAGCUCAUGGGUUGAAGGGAAUGCGCUCUACAUUCAGAUGGAGUUCUGUUCACAGAAUUUACGAAAUAUUCUGGAACUGAAACCACAAGUAUUUGGUCGACAAUCAGGAGAACCUAUGGAUUUUGUCGAUAUCGCUGCAAACAAUAGCCCUAAUCAUCGGUAUAACUACCGGCGCCCGGUGUCCGCCCCGGAGGUCAUCAGCCCCUGUAUGUGCGAACACGACACCACCGAAUACUACGCCCAACCGGUGUAUAACAUCCGGUGCCCCGGCGUAGAGGAGUACGACUUGGCGCAGGUGUUUGAGGACACCUCCCGUUCCCUUAUGGGUGCGGACGACAAGUACUUCAAUGAGUUUGUGCUCAACAACACUUCUAUCAAACACUUACCGCAGAAUGUCUUCUCCGACCUAACCUUCCGUGUGAUCCGUUUGGACGGCGCCUACAGUCUGUCGUAUAUAUCAGUCUCCAUUGCCUUAUGGGAGCGAUUGGAGAGGUUUUCGAUGAAUUCAAUCAAGUAUUUCAUCGAUAAAUACACUUAA